AAUGACUAAUGAUCCAUCAACCCAACUACCCAUCCAACGUUACGAUCCUAGAAUCCUCCUUUCCUUAACCAAUUUAUCCUCGAAACUUCUAGGGUUUCAUUAUCCUCUUCAAAUCAUCUAAUCUCUCCAUCUCUUUUGACUCACUCUCUGCACCAAUUUUCUACUCUCCAAUACCUCAACCCAACACUUUACAGAGUAAUGGCAGCAGCACAACUUACAUCAGCAACUGUAUCAAGCAGGAUCUUGCCUACUUUUGAAGGGCUUAGGCCUUCAUCAGUCAAGAUUAAUGCUUUUGUACCAUUAAGGCAAGGGCUUAACCAGAAGUCUUUCAGACCUCUUGUUGUUAGAGCUGCUACUGUUGUUGCUCCCAAGUAUACCUCACUUAAACCUCUGGCUGAUAGAGUACUGGUCAAGAUCAAGGAAGCUGAGGAGAAGACAUCUGGCGGAAUUUUGCUACCCACAACGGCCCUAACUAAGCCCCAGUCCGGUGAAGUGGUAGCCGUUGGAGAAGGCAGGACUGUUGGGAAGAGUACAAUAGAAGUCGGUGUGAAGACUGGUACCCAGGUUGUGUAUUCCAAGUAUGCAGGGACUGAGCUCGAAUUUAAUGGGUCAAACCAUCUACUACUUAAGGAAGAUGACAUUGUCGGCAUUCUUGAGACAGAUGAUAUCAAAGAUCUUAAACCUAUGAAUGAGAGAGUUCUUAUUAAGGUUGCUGAGGCCGAAGACAAAACCGCUGGAGGUCUAUUAUUGACGGAGGCCGCUAAAGAGAAGCCAUCAGUCGGCACUGUGAUUGCUGUCGGUCCUGGUCCGCUCGAUGAGGAAGGUAAUAGAAAACCGUUGUCACUUUCGACAGGAAACACAGUAAUGUAUUCCAAGUAUGCAGGAAAUGAGUUCAAGGGUAAGGAUGGUUCCGACUAUAUAGUUCUUAGGGCAUCCGAUGUCAUGGCUGUGCUUUCUUAGUCGCAAAUCCCAGAAACUAUGUAGAAGGAUUGCUUAGAUGGUAAUGAUUUUUGUAGCAAUCUGCAGGGGACUCAAGUGUUUAUAUAGCUGUAUUUCAAAUUUUGAUUGUUGAGGUUAUUGUUUCACUUACCAAAUUUUCUACUUGAAUAAUACUUCUCUACACUUAUA